CGUCGUUCCUGUUGUGCCUCCUGACACGCACAAACAGAGUGACUGUCGUAAUGCUAACGGCGAGCUGUUAAGCUUUCUUUGUCUUAUUUGCAGCGUGUCGGUGCGCUGAAUGGGGAGCGGAUUGCUUUGGGUGCCGGCACGUACAUCGAGAUUAUCUCCGGUCGUUCCAUCUCUUUGUAAUUCUCUACCUUAAGUGCAGUACAGUAUGUUUGCGCUCGCCGCACCCUAGUCCCGACUCUCCAUGCGCUUCAUGUACUGAACGUGGAUGCGACUGCUGCUGCUGCGCCUGGCCAUGCAGAGCCGACUGUGAAGAGCCUGCACUCGCCUCGCUAGCAUCGCCUCCAUCUCUCCCUGUAUUUCCGUGCUUCAGCCACAUGGCCUGCAGACUGAUGCUGACGGCGGCGACCAGAGUCGCGGGCCGGGCUCCCACCAGCGGCUUCUUUUGCCCACGGUUCCGCUCCACCUCGGCUACAGACCAUCACGAGCUAGCGAGAGAACGCUCCAAGACUGUCACCUCCUUCUACAAUCAAUCCGCCAUCGACCAAGCUGCUGAAAAGCUUUCAGUUCGUCUGACUCCAACAACCAUGCUUUAUGCUGGGAAGUCGCCAGAUGGUAGUCAUCUCCUGAAAAGUGCCCGCUACCUCCACAAAGAACUGCCAGUUCGCAUAGCUCACCGUAUCAAAGGCUUUCGCACUCUCCCCUUCAUCAUUGGCUGUAACCCCACAAUUCUGCAGGUGCAUGAGCUGUACAUACGAGCCUUUCACAAGCUCAGCGAUUUUCCUCUGAUUAAAGAUCUUGAGAUGGAUGAAAAGUAUUGUAAACUGAUCAGGCAAUUACUAGAUGAUCACAAAGAUGUAGUAACUCUACUGGCUGAAGGCUUCCGAGAGAGCAGGAAGCACAUACAGGAUGAGGCGGUGAUCAGACAGUUCCUCGAUAAGACCCUGACAUCCCGGCUGGGAAUUCGAAUGUUGGCAUCACAUCACCUUGCACUUCAUGAGGACAAACCUGAUUUUGUUGGUAUCAUUUGUACCCGCCUAUCUCCCAAGACGUCUAUUGAGAAGUGGGUGGACUUUGCAAGGCGACUUUGUGAACACAAAUACGGAAACGCACCUCGCGUUAGGAUUAAUGGUCAUGUUGCAGCUCGUUUCCCAUUCAUCCUAAUGCCGCUGGACUACAUUCUACCAGAACUCCUCAAGAACGCUAUGAGAGCAACCAUGGAAAGCCAUAUGGAUACUCCCUACAAUGUGCCUGACAUAGUGGUAACCAUUGCCAACAAUGAUGUGGAUUUUAUAAUUAGAAUUUCAGACCGAGGAGGUGGCAUUCCUCACAACAUCUUGCAUAAGGUGAUGGACUUUCAUUUUACUACAGCAGAGUCUAGUACUCAGGAACCCCGCUUUAACUCUCUGUUGGGGGAUAUGGUGGAUAUGGUGAACAGUGGCCAGUCGAGCCCCAUGCAUGGAUUUGGCUUUGGACUGCCAACAUCCCGUGCUUAUGCUGAAUACCUGGGUGGUUCCCUAACAAUCCAGUCCCUGCAAGGGAUUGGGACCGAUGUCUACCUGCGGCUGCGCCACAUUGACGGAAAAGAGGAAAGCUUCCGAAUCUAGUGACACAUUACAAA